AUGGCUCGGAAGGGGCUUGCGACGAUGCUGCUGGGGAUGGCGACAUGGAUGGCUGCUUCAUCCAGCUCGUAUCAUGGCAGACAUGGAAUGUCGUCGUUUAUCCCCUCCUCGCCCCUCCCUCACGAUGCCUGGACUGACUUCCUGCCUCCUGGCUCCACCCUCAUCCCUUGCGUCCCAUUCUUUCGCGGGUUGUCGGAGGGUCGGAGUGGCCGGCAUCGCGAUGAAAGGAAAGCUCACAGACUGGCUGCUGCUCUUCGUCUCAACUCUUUCUCAAGAGUUCACAACAGCUCUCCCCUCGUCAAACGCUCUGAGGCUGUCCGCUCCUCCACGAGGACUGGCCCGACCCACUCGAUGUACCUGAAGAGGAACGACCGAGAUGCUCUCGGCGAGGAGGUUCAAUCUAUCAAUGUCAUCGAGAGCGAUAUCAGUGCUGAUCUCACUGCAACGGAACCCGAUGUGUCGUCCUCGCAGAAAAACUCAGGAAAGGUUCUCUUCAACGACGUCAUAGUUGCCUACAUGUUCAUGAUGACUCAGAAAUUCAAGCAACCAACUCCCUUGCAGCGAGUGUACAUAGACGCGGUUCGACUGCUCAUGCUAAACAAGACAAGCCACGUCACCCUCUCCAGCCAUAUUCUACCAGCCAUCGACCAUGAGCUGCUGGUGUCGUCGAAUGUUACAGACCUGUCCAUGAGCUUUCCCCUCCUCCAGCGUCAGCCAGCAACGGCAGCCUUCGCUGUCGCAGUGCCUGCAGCCCUUGCGGUCGGCGGGCUCAUGGACCUGGGUCUUGCCGACGCCAUCAUGACCAUCGGCAUGUCCGGCGCUGCCAUCGGAGUCGGGAUGGAGCUGUUCACCAAGUCUGCUGGGGUCUUCCUAGGCACGUCGGAUCCUCAGCCAGCACAAGCUGGGAUAGAGCCGGUGAACAGCACCAAAUCGUGA